UUGAAAUAAAAAAAAACUUUAUACAAAGAUUAAGAAAAUGGCUUUUGUUGAAUCUUUCCACAACCAAAGUUCUGUCUUGAGAAUCAACAUCAUGGUUGUGGACGAUGAUCCUGUUUUUCUUAAUGUUAUCUCGCGCAUGCUUGAAAAGUCUAAAUACAGAGAUCCAGUUAUGGACAUCAGAGUUAUAGCUGAAGGAGAUCCGAUAAAAGCAUUGUCUACUCUUAAACUUCAACGGAACAAUAUCGAUCUCAUCAUCACAGAUUAUUACAUGCCUGACAUGAAUGGUAUACAACUCAAAGAACAAAUCACUGAAGAAUUUGGAAAUCUACCAGUCAUAGUGAUGUCAGCGGAUGCCAAUAAGGAGCAGGAGAGUUUAACUUGUGGAGCGCUAGGGUUCCUUCCAAAACCCAUAAAACCAAUUGAUCUACCUAAGAUUUACCAACUUGCUUUAACCUACAAGACGAAUGGUAAGUCAACAAUAUGCACUGAGCCCAACCCCAAGGACACAUGUGUUAGUGUCCCCGAGCAAAUCGAGAUGCUUCCAGAACAAGUCAAUCUCUUGAAUACCCAGAAGAAAUGGCCAUCUAAAUCUGAUUCAAGAUCCAUGAAUAGUACGCAUGGAAGCCGUGCUAGUAUCGAUGGUUCAAGAAAAAAUCGGAAAAGAAAACCUACCGAUGGUCCUAGUGCAAAUGGUGAGUAUCCGUCGCAGCCAUCCAAGAAGGCUAAGAUUACGUGGACGGAUGGUCUUCACGACCUAUUCUUACAAGCUAUCCGACAUAUUGGUCUUGAUAAGGCUGUGCCAAAAAAGAUCUUAGCGUUCAUGAACGUACCAUACCUGACAAGAGAGAAUGUAGCGAGCCACCUACAGAAAUAUCGAAUAUUCUUGAGAAAAGUGGCGGAACAAGGUUUGAUGAGCAUGAUGUCCAGUAGAGGCAUAGACUCGAUGUUUCGAUAUACUCACAUCAAGGAGCCCUACUUCAACCACUACACACCAUCUACUUCUUGGUAUGAGACAAGUCUUAACAACAGAUCAUACUAUUCCAAACCCGGACACGGCUUUGGACAGUCGAGACUAUUGUCAAACACACGUGAGCCUGUUCGUUUCAACCAUAUGUCUUACAACUACAUGAACCGGUCCUCUACUUAUGAGCCACACCGUAUUGGAUCUGGAUCAAACUUGACGCUACCCACCCAAAGCAACCUCGGUCUCUCAAACCAACCAUCCCAAAAUGGAGAAAAAAUAAGCUUUUUUGAACCACCUGUGAUGGCGAACAAAAUCGGCCAAACAUCUCAAGUUCUUGGUUUUGGACAACUUGGACCGUCAGCUAUUAGUGGUAAUAGUUUCAACAAUAACAUGAUGAGUAGCUUUGGAAGUUUCACUCCAAAUCAACAAGGACUUGGCCACUUCUCGUAUGGGAUGCAAUCGCUCUUAAACAAUGAGAGCACUGCAUGUAACAACCAACCACAUGCCGAUGCUACUGCACAACCACAUCCUGAACUUCAUCAACUAGAGAAUCUUAAUUUAUCGAGUGAUCUCCACAGUGCUAAUGAGCUUCCUUACAACAUCAAUAAUUUCAUAUUCGAUCACAACAAGCAACAGCAUGUAAGAGAAGAGGAUUCCGCUAAAUUUGAUCUCUCAGCAAAUUUUUCGGCUGAACUGAAUCAUAUUUUAUCUCUUGAAGAAGAUGGUGAUUGGACUUUUUGGAAUGUAAACCAGAAUCAUUCUACUGGAGAAAUAGCCAACACUUUUGAUGCUCUGGAGACAAAUCACACUUUGACUGCUGUAGAGAUGAAUCACACUUUCGCUACUCCAGAGACGAAUCCUCCAACUUUCACCACGAACCCUAAUCAUCAAAGUCAGGAACAAGAUGUUGUUAAUCAUGAUAUUACCGAUUUGUCGCUUUUGGACUCGCAGGAAUUGGUUGAUGAAGACUUCAUGAACACUCUCUUCAACGAUGACAUGGAUUAAAGAGAGUUAUCCAAGCCAUGAUGUUCUCAAAGCGGGAUGAAUAAACAAACCGGCGAUACCUAGCUAGUAGUUUUAUAUAUAUAUGAAAAAGAAACUAUAUGAAAAAAAAGAAGUAUGAGUUAGGUUAUGUAAUAUAUUUCUAAGUGUUGGUUAUCGUGUCUUUUCAGUAAUUUUAUUAAAUGUAGAAUAUUAUGUAAUAUCUGAGAACUUUUUAAUAUAUAAGAUUUUCUAUUUGGGUUAUA